CGAGCCCGCGCCAUGACCCGCUGGGUGCCCACCAAGAGGGAGGAGAAGUACGGCGUAGCUCUUUACAACUACGAGGCGAGGGGCCCGGACGAGCUGUCUCUGCAGAUCGGGGACACCGUGCACAUCCUGGAAACGUAUGAGGGUUGGUACAGGGGUUAUACACUAAGGAAGAAGUCCAAAAAGGGUAUAUUUCCUGCAUCGUAUAUACAUCUUAAGGAAGCAAUAGUUGAAGGAAAAGGCCAACAUGAAACCGUGAUCCCGAGCGAGCUCCCGCUGAUCCAGGAAGUGACCACGACCCUGCGGGAAUGGUCCAUCAUAUGGCGCCAGUUGUAUGUUCAAGACAACAGAGAAAUGUUCCGUAGUGUCCGGCACAUGAUCUACGAUCUUAUUGAGUGGCGAUCCCAAAUACUCUCUGGAACGUUGCCACAGGAUGAGCUCAAGGAACUGAAGAAGAAAGUGACCGCCAAAAUUGACUAUGGAAACAGAAUCCUUGAUUUAGACCUGGUUGUUAGGGAUGAAGAUGGCAAUAUUCUGGACCCGGAGCAGACCAGCACCAUUAGCCUUUUUAGAGCACACGAAAUCGCUUCCAAGCAAGUUGAAGAGAGACUGCUGGAGGAAAAAUCUCAAAAACAGAAUAUUGAUAUCAACAGACAAGCCAAGUUCGCUGCUACUCCUUCAUUUGCUUUAUUUGUAAAUUUAAAAAAUGUAGUUUGCAAAAUCGGAGAAGAUGCUGAAGUCCUUAUGUCUCUCUAUGACCCACUGGAAUCAAAAUUUAUCAGUGAAAACUACUUGGUGCGGUGGUCGAGCUCUGGACUCCCCAAAGAUAUAGACAGGUUGCAUAACCUUCGAGCAGUGUUCACUGACCUUGGCAGCAAAGACCUGAAAAGAGAGAAAAUCAGUUUUGUUUGUCAAAUAGUGAGAGUGGGCAGGAUGGAGCUGAGGGACAACAACACGAGGAAGCUGACGUCGGGGCUCCGGCGGCCCUUUGGAGUAGCAGUAAUGGAUGUUACUGACAUAAUUAAUGGAAAAGUCGAUGAUGAGGACAAACAGCACUUCAUUCCAUUUCAACCGCUAGCGUUGGAUGACGCCAUUCGACACAAGCAGCUGAACAUAUCAUCCCGUUUUUCACCCAGGGUGGCGGGGGAGAAUGAUUUCCUUCAGACUGUUAUAAACAAAGUGAUUGCUGCUAAAGAAGUUAACCACAAGGGCCAGGGUCUGUGGGUGACUUUGAAACUUCUUCCAGGAGAUAUCCAUCAGAUUAGAAAAGAGUUUCCACAUUUAGUGGAUCGCUCCACAGCUGUGGCUCGGAAAAUGGGCUUUCCUGAGAUUAUUAUGCCUGGUGAUGUUCGUAAUGAUAUCUACGUAACGCUGGUUCAGGGCGAUUUUGACAAGGGCAGUAAAACAACAGCAAAGAAUGUAGAAGUUACAGUGUCUGUUUACGAUGAAGAUGGCAAAAGAUUAGAGAGUGUUAUUUUUCCUGGUGCUGGUGAUGAAGCCAUCUCGGAGUACAAGUCAGUAAUAUACUACCAAGUAAAGCAGCCUCGCUGGUUUGAGACUGUAAAGGUUGCUAUCCCUAUUGAAGACGUGAACCGCAGUCACCUAAGGUUCACGUUCCGUCACAGAUCGUCCCAGGACUCCAAAGAUAAAUCUGAGAAAAUAUUUGCCUUAGCAUUUGUGAAGCUCAUGAGAUACGAUGGAACAACUUUGAGGGAUGGAGAACAUGACCUUAUAGUUUAUAAGGCAGAAGCAAAGAAGCUGGAAGAUGCCUCUACAUAUCUAAGCCUGCCAUCCACUAAGAUAGAGUUGGAAGAAAAGGGACACUCAACUACAGGGAAGAGCAUGCAGAACCUGGGGAGCUGCACCAUCAGCAAGGACUCCUUCCAGAUUUCCACUCUAGUUUGUUCAACAAAACUUACACAGAAUGUUGACCUCUUGGGACUCCUGAAAUGGCGAUCAAAUACGAAUCUGCUGCAGCAAAAUUUGAAGCAGUUGAUGAAAGUUGAUGGUGGCGAAGUGGUUAAGUUUCUCCAAGACACAUUGGAUGCACUUUUUAACAUAAUGAUGGAGAACUCGGAGAGUGAGACGUUUGACACGUUAGUGUUUGAUGCUCUGGUAUUUAUCAUUGGACUGAUUGCUGACAGAAAAUUUCAACACUUUAACCCUGUAUUGGAAACCUACAUUAAGAAGCAUUUCAGCGCUACAUUGGCCUACACAAAACUCACUAAAGUUUUAAAGACCUAUGUGGAUAAUGCUGAGAAGUGUGGUAUCACUGACCAGCUUUUUAAAGCUAUGAAAGCUUUGGAGUAUAUCUUCAAGUUCAUAGUACGGUCCAGGAUAUUGUUCAACCAACUUUAUGAAAAUAAAGGCGAGGCCGACUUCAGGGAGUCGUUGCUGCAGUUAUUCAAGUCCAUCAAUGAGAUGAUGAGCAGCAUCUCUGACCAAACGGUCAUAGUGAAGGGGGCAGCACUUAAGUACCUGCCAGCAAUUGUCAAUGAUGUGAAAUUAGUGUUUGAUCCAAAGGAACUUAGCAAGCUGUUCACGGAGUUCAUCCUGAACGUGCCGGUGAGCCGGCUGACCAUCCAGAAGCUCUACUGCCUCAUCGAGAUCGUGCACAGCGACCUGUUCACGCAGCACGACUGCAGGGAAAUCUUGCUGCCAACGAUGACAGAUCAGCUGAAGUAUCACUUGGAAAGACAAGAAGACCUGGAGGCUUGUUGCCAAUUGCUUAGUAACAUCCUGGAAGUGCUCUACAAGAAAGAUGUGGGACCAACGCAACGGCAUGUCCAGAUAAUCAUGGAGAAGCUACUGAGGACAGUAAAUAGAACAGUCAUUUCCAUGGGACGUGAUUCGGAGCUCAUUGGAAGUUUCGUUGCGUGCAUGACUGCUAUUUUAAGGCAAAUGGAAGACUAUCACUACGCUCAUUUAAUCAAGACUUUUGGGAAGAUGAGGUCAGAUGUUGUGGACUUCCUGAUGGAAACGUUCAUCAUGUUCAAGAAUCUCAUCGGGAAGAACGUCUAUCCCUUCGACUGGGUUAUAAUGAACAUGAUGCAGAAUAAAGUCUUCCUGCGAGCCAUUAACCAGUAUGCAGACAUGCUGAACAAAAAAUUCCUCGAUCAGGCCAACUUCGAGUUGCAGCUUUGGAACAACUACUUUCACCUGGCGGUUGCUUUUCUCACACAAGAAUCUUUACAACUGGAGAAUUUUUCAAGUGCUAAAAGAGCAAAAAUACUUAACAAAUACGGUGACAUGAGAAGGCAGAUUGGCUUCGAGAUCAGGGACAUGUGGUACAAUCUGGGUCAGCAUAAAAUCAAGUUCAUCCCAGAAAUGGUGGGACCUAUAUUGGAAAUGACGCUUAUCCCCGAAACGGAGCUUCGCAAAGCUACGAUCCCAAUAUUCUUUGAUAUGAUGCAGUGUGAAUUUCACUCAACUCGAAGCUUCCAGAUGUUUGAAAAUGAGAUCAUCACCAAACUGGAUCACGAAGUGGAAGGAGGCCGAGGAGAUGAGCAGUACAAAGUGUUAUUCGACAAAAUUCUCUUGGAGCACUGCAGGAAGCACAAGUACCUUGCAAAAAGUGGGGAGACUUUCGUGAAACUUGUCGUCCGCUUGAUGGAGAGGCUCUUGGACUACCGGACCAUCAUGCACGACGAGAACAAGGAGAACCGCAUGAGCUGCACCGUCAACGUGCUGAAUUUCUACAAAGAGAUUGAGAGAGAAGAAAUGUACAUAAGGUAUUUGUACAAGCUCUGCGACCUGCACAAGGAGUGUGACAACUACACCGAGGCUGCCUACACGCUGCUCCUGCACGCCAAGCUGCUCAAGUGGUCGGAAGAAGCAUGUGCAGCGCACCUUACCCAGCGGGAUGGAUACCAGGCAGCUACUCAAGGACAGCUGAAAGACCAGCUGUAUCAAGAAAUUAUCCAUUACUUUGACAAGGGCAAGAUGUGGGAAGAGGCCAUUGCCUUGGGUAAAGAACUUGCAGAACAGUACGAAAAUGAAAUGUUUGAUUAUGAACAACUCAGUGAACUACUGAGAAAGCAAGCCCAGUUCUAUGAAAACAUUGUGAAAGUGAUAAGACCUAAACCAGAUUAUUUUGCUGUUGGGUAUUAUGGCCAGGGAUUUCCUACGUUCAUAAGGAACAAAGUGUUCAUCUACCGCGGCAAGGAGUACGAGCGCCGUGAGGACUUCGAAGCCAGGCUCCUGACGCAGUUUCCAAAUGCAGAGAAAAUGAAAACGACCUCUCCUCCGGGCGACGACAUCAAAACCUCCUCUGGCCAGUAUAUUCAGUGCUUUACUGUAAAGCCCAAACUUGAUUUACCGCCUAAAUUUCACAAGCCUGUGUCAGAACAAAUCGUCAGUUUCUAUAGAGUUAAUGAAGUCCAACGGUUUGAAUAUUCACGCCCUGUUCGAAAAGGAGAGAAAAACCCAGAUAAUGAAUUUGCGAAUAUGUGGAUUGAGAGAACCAUCUACGUGACGGCCUACAAGCUGCCCGGGAUUCUGAGGUGGUUUGAAGUCAAAUCGGUUUUCAUGGUUGAAAUCAGUCCACUGGAAAAUGCAAUAGAAACUAUGCAGCUAACAAAUGAUAAGAUCAAUAAUAUGAUUCAGCAGCAUCUGAAUGAUCCGAAUCUACCUAUUAACCCUCUCUCUAUGCUGCUUAACGGCAUUGUGGAUCCUGCAGUCAUGGGAGGCUUCACGAACUACGAAAAGGCCUUUUUUACUGAAAAAUAUAUGCACGAGCAUCCGGAGGACCAUGACAAGAUUGAAAAACUGAAGGAUCUGAUAGCUUGGCAGAUUCCCUUCCUGGCGGAAGGCAUCCGAAUCCAUGGGGAGAAGGUGACGGAAGCGCUGAGGCCGUUCCAUGAGCGGAUGGAAGCCUGCUUCAAGCAGCUUAAGGAAAAAGUAGAAAAGCAGUAUGGUGUCAGAACUGUUCCGCCCAGCGUGGAGGAGCGGCGGGGCAGCCGGCCGCGCUCCAUGGUGCGCUCCUUCACCAUGCCCUCCUCCUCGCGGCCCCUCUCCGUCGCCUCCGUCUCCUCCAUCUCCUCGGACAGCACUCCCUCGAGGCCCGGCUCCGACGGGUUUGUGCUUGAGCCCCUCCUGCCAAAAAAGAUGCAUUCUAGGUCUCAAGAUAAAUUGGACAAGGAUGACCUAGAUAAAGAUAAGAAAGAGAAGAAGAAGGAGAAAAGGAACAGCAAGCAUCAAGAAAUAUUUGAUAAAGAAUUUAAAUCUACGGAUAUUUCUCUGCAGCAAUCCGAAGCAGUGAUCCUUUCAGAAACGAUCAGCCCGCUGAGACCACAGAGACCAAAGAGCCAAGUCCUCAACGUGAUGUCGAGCGAAAGGCGUUUUUCCGUGUCUCCUUCCACACCCAGCUGUCAGGGCACACCGCCACCAAUAACGCCACGGACAAAGCUGUCCUUCAGCCUGCAGGCCAGUUUGGAGCUGAACGGUAUGUCCAGCUCGGACGUGACGGACGUCCCCCCUCCGCUGCCCCUCAAGGGGAGCACGGCAGAUUACGGGAACCUCCUGGAGAGCCAAGACCUGGUCAGCCCCACGACGUCUCCCCCCGCGCAUCCGAGGCACCUUCCCCCUCCGCUUCCCAGCAAGACACCGCCGCCGCCGCCGCCCAAGACCACGCGGAAGCAGACGUCCGUCGACUCGGGCAUCGUGCAGUGAGGACGGCAGAGCCUGUCCUCCCUUUGCCCCCGAAGAGCCCCGGGGGCUGCUUCAUUUCGUGCCAAAUAACCCCAGGAGCCCUGCGACGGCAGCACUGGUGGUGCCGGCUUCGCCGUGCGCCACAUUCGACAUCCCAGUCCACAUGCAUGAGCACUGGGAGCUGCCAACCAGGCACAGCUUAUUUGUGAAAUGCCCUUUUCUUACUGAUUUUUUUCCCUAAUUCUGCCUUAUAAAUAAGCUGCUGCCGACGGGCUGCUGCUUCGAGUUAGUUACUCGCUCAGGCACUGACCUGCUCGUGCAAGCGGCUGUUGUGCUUGGUGCUGGCCAGCUUCUAACCCGGGACAAAUGUUGAGCCACUGACAGGCACGAGCGUAUAGGAAAAACCACAAGGUGCCCCGGGAGAGCAUCCCUGCUCCUUCCAACCCCAACGGUUGAAUAGAAGACUGAAUAUAAAAGCUUUUUCUUUUU